ACAGCCUCACCGGUCAUUGCCAGAUUCAGCUGGUCAGGCGGGAAUGCAGCAAGCAGGACUUACCCUCGUGGCUGUGGCUGUGUGUGUGGCCUUUCGAACCUCGGAAGCCAUACUUCCCAUAGCUUCCAGCUGUUGCACUGAAGUUUCUCAUCAUAUUCCCAGAAGACUUCUGGAAAGAGUGAAUUCGUGCAGCAUCCAGAGAGCUGAUGGGGACUGUGACCUGGCUGCUGUCAUCCUUCAUGUUAAACGUAGAAGAAUCUGCGUCAGCCCGCACAAUCCAACUUUGAAGCGGUGGAUGAGCGCCUCAGAGAUGAAGAAUGGCAAAGAAAAUCUCUGCCCCAGAAAGAAACAAGACAGUGGGAAGGACAGAAAAGGGCACACCCCGAGAAAGCACGGAAAACACGGAACACGCAGAAUACAUGGGACACACGGCCACGAAGCCCCUCGUUAGAACAGACGCAUGGACCUACAGUGAACUCAAGUGAACUGGCCCAGACUUGGUUAUAAAUUUCUCAGCUGAAUCUUCCUAUUGACACCUAAAGGUGUUUUGCUUUGUUUUGUUAAUGAGUAACCACAGCUAAGUCUGUAAGCACUGGGUAUGCUCAAUCCCAGCACCAAAAGCAAAACAAACAAAACUGAAGCUAUCCUCAGAUUUUGUCUAGAAGGAUAGCAUUCUUCUGUUCAACUCUGGCACACCUUUGAAAGGCAAUCCUUGUAUACCCAGCAUCAUCCAAGUGCAGGAUAAAUGCCAAAGAAAACAACACUGAAUUUAAAAUUGUAGUAAAAUACAAUAAUGUGAAAUCAAAGCACAGUCACAAAUUUUAAAUUUAUUUUGUAUGCUAUAUUUUAAAAUCUGGUUGCUAUGGUUUGAGUAAGUGUCCUCAAAGGCCUGUGUGUAUUUUUUUAAGAUUUGUUUAUUUUACGCAUAUGAGUACACUCUUGCUGUCUUCAGACACAUCAGAAGAGGGCAUCAGAUCCCAUUACAGAUGGCUGUGAGCCACCAAGCAGUUGCUGGGACUUGAACUCAUGACCUCUGGAAGAGCAGUCAGUGCUCUUAAGCACUGAGCCAUCUCUCCAGCCCACAAUGUCUGUGUAUUGAAGGCUUGCUUGUUCUUCAUCCUGUGGUGCUCCUGGGAAGCAGUGGGAAAUUUGAAAUGUGGAGUCUAGUGGAACAAACUUGGGUCCCCGGGGGUGUGUCCUGUCUUUGUUUCAUACCACCAAGAAGGAAGCAGCUUCUUUAGUAUUGUAUUUCCACCACAAAAUAUUCUGUCUGCCACAGGCCCAGUGGAUCAUGGACUGAAACCUCUAAAACUGAGAGCCAAAAUAAACCUUUCUGCUUUUUAA